GUGCUCUCAGACUGCAUCAUCCAACCAGAACCCGGGAGCAGAGCAGUGACAGGCGAACCAAGACACGCAGGGACAGGGAGACAUGGGGCGAGGGCGAGCGCCGUGCUGCGCCAAGGUGGGGCUCAACAGGGGCUCCUGGACGCCGCAGGAGGACAUGCGCCUCAUCGCCUACAUCCAGAAGCACGGCCACACCAACUGGCGCGCGCUGCCCAAGCAAGCAGGUUUGCUGCGCUGUGGGAAGAGCUGCAGGCUGCGCUGGAUCAACUACCUGCGGCCGGACCUCAAGCGCGGCAACUUCACCGACGAGGAGGAGGAGGCCAUCAUAAGGCUGCACGGGUUGCUCGGGAAUAAAUGGUCUAAGAUCGCUGCCUGCCUGCCGGGGAGGACGGACAACGAGAUCAAGAACGUGUGGAACACGCACCUGAAGAAGAAGGUGGCGCAGCGGGAGAAGAAGAAGGCCGGCGCGGGGAGCGGCGACGCCGGCACGCCCGCCACUGCGCCCUUGUCCUCGGCGACCUCCUCGACGACGACCCACAACAGCUCCGGGGGCAGCGACUCCGGCGACCAGUGCGGCACGAGCAGGGAGCCUGACGCGACCGACGUGUGCCCCCUCCAGCUAGAGGACAUGGACGUCUCGGACAUGCUGGUGGACGGCGCGCCCCCGGCGGCGCAGCCAAUGCCGUCGCCGUCCUCCUCGUCCUCCCUGACGACGUGCGUCGGCGGCGUGGAGGAGCUGAUCGAGCUGCCGGUGAUCGACAUCGAGCCGGAAAUCUGGAGCAUCAUCGACGGCGAGAGCGCUGUGGCGCGCCAUGGUGGCGAUGCAGCCGCGCCAUGUACGGGCACCGGCACCGCCGUCAGCACCAGCGAAGCAGAGGAAGCGGCGGCGAACGAUUGGUGGCUGGAGAAUUUGGAGAAGGAGCUGGGCCUGUGGGGCUACGCGGAGGAGGAUACUCAGGCCCACCCUGACCUACUGGACCACUACACAGGUUUGAGCCCACUCUGCGCCCUGGAGGGGGACCCAGUCUCCACCUACUUCCAGACCGGGCCCGCCGCCGCGGAACCUGAGCUCCUGGUGGUCGUCGAACCAUCUGCCGUUCUGCUAUGACUAUGAGCAACAUGACGGACGGUCACAGCAACGAACAUCCUGGUUCUUGGAGAUGUUCGGUGGAUCAAAUUCGAGUAGUUUGUUUGAUGCAGUGGCAGAUUAAUAUCUCUACAGGCCAAUUAGAAUGCACAUUCAGAACAGAACCGUCCAAAGAAAGCCUGUAGAGUGAAGGCUAGUACUCUCUUAUUCUUAACAGUGUUUAACGCAGAUACAUACAUACAGGCAGCUAGCUAGAUGCUAGGGUUUGAUUGGUAACCCUGCACUCCGGUCUCAAGACGGAGGAGGGCAACGAGGGAGUGCCGUCCGCCGUCGUGCUCGUGUUGCUUGGUUCGUGGCUUUGUGUGCAGUGUGCAUAUAUAGAACAUGACGUCACCGCGACGUAAGCGUGUGCUCACCUGAGAAGUCCUA